GAGUAUCAUCGCUACAUGCAAGAUGGAAGUUCGCCCCAGGUGCAGGAGUCGUACUCCAUGAACUACCAUAGCACGACGUCGACCAACGGCCACCAAGUGGGCGACGGCGAGCACUCGCCAAACUCGUCCAAACUGGCGGUGCCGGGAGAGAAUUCCCAGCUCGUCAGCCGGACGACGCAGCAGACCAAAACGCAACAGGUCAAAACGGUCACAAAAGUCAUAAAGACGAGGGAAGUUCGUCACGUCGGUCCCGACGGUCAGCCUCUAGAGUACAACCCUUACGGGACGCACGGCAUGCCCAUGGCAGGCUCCGACUACGUCACAUAUCCCUACACAGGUGCAACUGACAACUCCCACGGCUAUGGCAGCUACGAUACAGGCGAGCCUCCUAGUCCAGCCAGUCAGGUGGCACCCCCGCAUGGCGCCUACCCCCAGGAUUAUGCCACGUACGGCUCUUACCUACGCGACUACGACUACGGUGGCUACCCUGGACAAGCGACCGACACCUCCUUCGGUCACGUCGGAGUCACCCCUGCCGCCCUCGCACAUGGCCAUGCCCCAGGCCGCGUCGUCUCGGAGCAUGAUGUCGCCUCUCAUGGUGGCCCCCGACGGUUACAGCCACGGGCAUUCGGGUUACGACGAGCUCGACCCUCAACCUCCGAGGGGCGGUGUGGAAUAUGCACCGGACUGCUACAGGAGUACACCUUCGCCGGCUCCUCAUCCGGAUCGCUACGGCACUUACGGCUACUUAGGAGCCCCCGGUGCAAGUUCUCCUGGCUAUAGCCCUGGCUACGAGGGCGCACCCCCACCGCAGGGGUACCUUGACCGCCGGCCCAGCUAUGAUGAACACCAGGCCGGACCACCGGGAGGCACGAGGGGCCCCUAUGGGGCAGCUCCCCCUCGAGCCCUCUUCGAGGAAGAAGAAGAAGAGGCCAGCCCCGCACCCCCGCCCCUGGAGGGGCAGCUUCCCCCCAGGCCACCUUACGUGGGACCUCCGCUUGAUGGAUCAGACCCCAGAGGUGGUGGGGAUGUGCGGUGGCGAGACCCCGACCUGCACGAGGUGAUUGAGUUCCUGGGCCACCCCAACAGCGUGGUUCGCGCCAAUGCGGCUGCCUACCUGCAGCACCUGUGUUACAUGGACAAUGGCAUGAAGCAAAAGACGAGAGCUCUGGGGGGCAUCCCACUCUUGAUAGAGCUUCUGAAUCAAGAUUUCCCAGAGAUUCAGAGGAAUGCCUGUGGUGCCCUCAGGAACCUCUCCUAUGGCCGGCAAAACGAUGAAAACAAGCGAGCCAUUCGUAAUGCGGGUGGCAUACCGGCCCUUGUGCGUCUACUGCGAAAGACGCCCGACAACGAAAUCCGUGAGCUGGUGACCGGGGUCUUGUGGAACCUCUCUUCAUGCGAGGAGCUGAAAAGGCCAAUCAUCGACGAUGCCCUCCAAGUGCUGGUGAACCACGUGAUCAUCCCCUUGUCCGGCUGGGACCGCAACCGUGACAGGGGCGACCACACGAAGCCCCAGGAGAUCUACUGGACCAUCGUCUUUCGCAAUGCCAACGGAGUCUUGAGAAAUGUGAGCUCGGCCGGGGAGUACGCGCGGAGGAAGCUUCGAGAGUGUGAGGGUCUGUGCGACGCUUUACUCCACCUGAUGCGGACUGCGGUGCGCAAGAACGACAUGGACAACAAGAGCGUGGAGAACUGCGUCUGCACGCUGCGCAACCUCUCGUACCGGCUGCAGGAAGUUGAAGACCCCGAGUACGACAAGCACGCGCCGGCACCGACGCCAUCGCGCGCCACGGGCGCCGCCAUCAAAGUGGGCGACAGCUUGGGCUGUUUCGGAGCCAAGAAGAAGAAGGAGGCCCUGGAGAAGCAGAAGAAGGAGUCUUCCGGAUCGGCCCUGGCGUCGGCUUCGGCCAGCACGUCUCCGCGGCCGCAGUCAGAUCCCCCGUCCGGCAUGGAACUCCUCUGGCAGCCAGAGGUUGUGCAGCCAUAUUUGGCGCUGCUGUCCGAGUGCUCCAAUCCGGAGACACUAGAGGCAGCAGCAGGUGCCAUUCAGAAUCUGGCCGCUUGCUACUGGCAGCCGAGCAUAGAUAUCAGGGCGGCUGUGAGAAAAGACCGGGGCCUUCCUGUCUUGGUGGAGCUGCUCCGGAUGGAAGUGGACAGGGUUGUGUGUGCAGUGGCGACGGCAUUGCGCAACCUUGCCAUGGAUCAGCGGAACAAGGAGCUGAUCGGCAAAUAUGCCAUGAGUGAUCUGGUCCAAAAGCUGCCCAACGGCAACCCGCAGCACGACGUGGGCACCUCUGACGACACCAUUGCAGCAGUGCUUGCCACCCUGAAUGAAGUGAUUGUGCGCAACAGUGACUUUGCACGUUCGCUUUUAGAGGCCGGUGGCGUCACGCGGCUAACCUACAUCACCAAGCAGAAAGGCCGCUUCUCGGCGCGUGUUGUCAAGUUCACAUCUCAGCUCCUGUACAACUUGUGGCAGCACGUUGAGCUGCGGGAAGUCUACAAGAACGCUGGCUGGCGCGAGUACCACUUCCUCACGAGGACGCUGGUGGCACGCAACUCUUCAUCCUCGCCGCCGUCGAGCGCCAACAACACGCUGAGCCGACCAAUCAGCUCCCAAGGGGGCACCCGCUACGAGGACCGCACCCUGCCACGUGUGGCCCGAGAGCUUAACAGCGGGCAGCCCCCUGUGAACAUGCCAUACAGUCGGUCGGAGGAGCUUCCUCUGAGCGAGCUCAGCCAUGGCGGCGGCGGUGCCGAGGGUCAACCGGGCUCUCCGCAGCCCGCACAGCCGCAACAGCCGACACUGCACCGCCCACCUGUUGGUGGCGUCCCGAUUUUCCCACCGGGCCCUCAGCAGCAGCCUAUGAGGUCUCCGCCUGAGCCCGUGUACGCCCAGGUGAACAAGAAAAAGGACCGGUAUCCGAACGAUCAGGGGCCCCAGUACCUCGCGCUCGACAGCCAGUCGUCCCAGCCAGCCGGAGACUCCUGGGUGUGAGAUGCGACGCUGUGGCCACCAUGACUUCAGCUGCGACGGCUUCUCAUCUUUCUUGUUUCACCGUGUUUUGGGACGUUCUCACACGCCAAGGCAACAUGGGAGAAAAAAAAAAAAAAACAGCGAGGGAGAAUAGAAUAAGACUGUGCGUUUAGUAGUCUGAAGAAGACAACAGUGUGUUUUUAUUUUAUGCUUGUGACAUUCUUUUUUAUUUCAUUGCUGUUCGGAUUUCUGGUUCGCAUUUUUAAUCAAUUUAUAAUUGAGAAUUAUAUCAAAUUUUAGUAGAGUUUUGCGCAUGUGCACAGGUCAGGCGCAGCCAAGGUCUCCGCCGCACAACCUCGCGUUUUUCUGAGGCGGUGCCUGCGCUAGCGUGUAGGACAGCUCGAAGCCAAAGCAAGUUCCUCGUUUUAGUCUCGUUUACUUGCCAGUUAUGAAUCUAUCUCUAAAGUAGCUUUUUUUUUCAGUUUUUUACUUUUCUCUUUAGGUGUUCUGCGCAGUGAAGUUUUUUUUUUCGGAACGGCACACCCGGAUCUCGUGCGGAGAGAUUACGUGCGUUCUCCCUCCCUGGUCUGCCCUUUUUGCAGGUAGCAGUUGUUGACGCGAACAAAAGACGUGAAAACAACAGAUGCCAAGGAGAUGCUCUCUGACUGUGUGCACGCGGGCGGUGGAAGUGGCAUGACACGCACUCACCGAACUUGCCUAACAGGAACGAAAACGAAUGAACGCAGGGCUGAAUUGUGAAAUGGAAAGAAGGAAGUCAAGACCAGGUCUCCCCACACUCUCACUAGAAACAAUAUUUCCUGCACCCCCUUGCAUGCUGCGCAGGGGCAGCUUGCUGGACUCCUAUAAUGCCACCUCGUUAGGUGGCAUAACGAGCAGCUGUUUGCAAUCAAGGCAGCUGUCUCUUCUACGUCAGCUGUGGCGUAAAGAUACGGUACGUCGAUGCUAAAGUAAAAACGAAGGAAGGAGGCACGUUCCCCUCCGUUGGUUGAAUAUGAGGGGAAAGGUGUCGGGGAUAUAUACAUAUAUAUACCUGGGAAAGUGGGGAAGCAAUUUUUUUCCCCGUCGCCAUUUACUACUCGAAACGCUUACUACUACUACCGAGUACGCUCUGUCAUCAUUACUACGCUGUACUAUUCCUGAUCCUGCCAGUGCCAACAAGAGUGUUUUUCGCCGUGGUUUGCGGCGAUCAGGCUUUCUUUACUUUGUUUUGGUUUCGUUUCGGUGAAUCGCGUCACGUGUGUCUCAGCACCCUCGUCUUGUCCCAUUCCCCAUGCUACUCGUCUCUCGCUCCCCGUCUUCCCGCAUCAUUUAAUUGAACCUUUUUCUCUUAUCACGUCCUUACUGUGGCAGCUCUCAGUUCAGCUGGUUCCGUAAUUGGGUCCUUCCAUCGUUGCACACGCGCCCGUGUGUGUCCGUCUAUCUCUCAACAUAAACAUUUCACAUGGAAACUUUGCUCAAGUGUCGCAGGGGUAUCUUGCGUUGCAUUUCUUGGGUUGUGCUGAUGACGACAGAGGCGGGAUGAAUGGAUGUCUUAUAGACAAAGAGCAUUGCUUCUCCGCGACACCGCGGCCGGCGACUCCUUUCACGAGACAAACGUUGUUGGCGGCGUGCAGCCUGCGGGGGCGAACGACUCGAGUAGCAUUGCACCGUGCACUAGGGCGCAGUGUUGCCAGACACUGGUGCUGAGUCUUUGAAGCAGUUGUGACCCUGGUCGGUGAGCCGACAACGAGCGUACGAGACUGGUCGAAGGGCUGCGUUUGCCUGCUCGUUGUCUCUAGCGGCUGGGGCUGGUAGGAGCUAAACGAAACAAAACAAAAAAAGUACCACAACUUCCACAGCCUGCACUCUUUGCCAUUUUUGGAGCCAUUUUCGUCUCCACCAUUCCAGCAGCUGGGCUUUUUUUUUUUUUUUAGGAACAGUGCUCUGGAUUUCCGUUUUUUUUUUUUACCUUUUUUUCUGUUCGGUAUCCCUCCUCUUGUUGUUGACGUUGCUUUUACUGUCCUUCAUUGCCACACAGUACUCACAUUCAUUUGUCUCAUAGGCAGUGCAGAUCUACUUAAGCACCAGUCAUGCAUUACACAUUUUACCUGCGUUAUUUUUUUCUUCUUCGUUGCGGUGCAUUGGCGAGCAUGCAAAGGAGUCUUGUGUCAUUAUGUAGGUAUACUCGUGUGCAUUUUUUGGACAGUAUUUAAAUAUUUUAGCUAUUUUCAUUUCGGCAGAAAGUAAUAGUGUUCUUUUAGCAUUUUUUGAAUAUUGUUGACAUUAUAUAGGCACUCUGUUGCCCCAUCGUUCUGCCAGUGUUUGCUGUACAGUUAUAAACCUCGCUACUGUCUCCCCGAGAACAGUGGUGCAUUGCUUUAUCGCUGUAUUCAGCCAGUGUGCUUGUUCGUGCAAAGGUUUCACAUUCCAUUCUGAUUUUAGUGAGGUUGCUAAAGGGAGCUUUCUUUUAUCGAGGGAUGAUGAACUGUAAUUUCAAGCAACCGUUUCUUGAUUCUCGUGAACAUAGGCAACUUUUUAUAAUGAUGUACCGUAACAUUUACAUUAUAUACUUUUUUUUUCGAACGACUAGUGUACAUUUUUUUGGUUGUGUAAAAUGUAUCUGACAAGAACUGUAACAUUUGAAAUAAAGGUGAUUUUGAGGACCAA